AGCCGUGCAUUAAUAAGCAUUGUGAAAGUGGCAUUCGUCCCAUUCAUUCGUUUCAUUCUGUGAAAGCAAGGACAGCAACAACAUGUCACCUCUAUCUGUAGUGGCUCGCCGGAGUUUGGGGACGUUAACAUUAACAUCCAUAUUCGCAAGACAACAUUCCUCACUUACGACUGAACUAAUCGAAAACAUGGACAAGAAAGCAACCUGGGAUCGGUUCUACACAGAGAACAGCAGCAGCAACUUCAAGAACUUUGAGUGGUUCUUCGGUUUCGACUCGGUCCGGGACUUCGUCCUGCCCCUCUUACAGCCCCAGACCCGCACUGCCACCCCGCUCCACGUCCUGGACAUGGGCUGUGGGACCUCUGCUCUGGGACCCAGCAUCUACCAACACUCCUCCGUCCAGGUGACCGUCACCUGUGCCGAUAUAUCCCCGAUCGCUGUGCGUCUAAUGCGGGAACACAUCGCAGCCAAAGCCAUCGAGCCCCAUCAUCCACUCUCCAUCCUCGGGUUCCUGGAGCUCGACUGCAGGGAGAUGUUUGCACACUUCGGGGCGGACGAGUUGGACCUCAUUGUGGACAAGGGCACGACCGAUGCCCUGUUGCGGUCGAAGGACGGCAGUGGGAAGGCGGGUCACGUGGUGCGGCAGUGCCUGAGGACGCUGCGGGGCUCCGGGCGCCUGCUCCAGUUCUCGGACGAAGACCCCGAUGCCCGGCUGCUGUGGCUGGAGACAGAGGGGCGGGAACCCGGGGAGAGGCCGGCGCAGGUCGCGGUGCAGGAGGUGGGGGAGCUCCGCGGCGUGCGUUAUUAUUGCUAUCAAGUCACUUCGCCCCCUGUCGUUGAAUUACUGUAAUGGUUUGUAUAGUUUCUUCGUAAUAAUUAUAUCUUGAUGGGUCGUGAGCAGUGGCGGCUGGCGAUCAAACAUGUUGGUGGGACACAGUAAUAUACAGGGGGUCUGAGGUCCCCCCCCCCCCUUUUAUUUAAUAUAUAUGAUUUGCUGUUUCUGGUGCAUUUUGGGGAUGGCCACUAUCUAUUUACCUACUUUUCAUUCAGAUUCAUAGCCUACAUCCUGACUUGCAGGGCCUGGACAAGCUUACACUGCAUAUACAGACCUACUUCAUGGCCAUUCCACCAGCCAUUGCUAUUUGACCCAUUGUUGUCAUUCUGAUGUUGAGUCUAAUCAUGAUCACUGUCCUAUAGCGUCCAUAAUUUGUGAGUCUCAAUGUCUACUUCAAAUGCAGUUAGAAAUAUGGGACAGUUGCUGUAUUUUUUUUAUAUGCUACAGGCCGAAAGACUAAAUUAAUAUGUAACUUACUCCUUUUAAGUAUUACAUUGCUUGGGGAGUCCAAUUCCUCUAAUGCAAAGGGUGGAAAGUGCUUACAACUCUGCUAGUUAGUGAUCUAUCUCCUCUCUACCUGUAGUUGUGGUGCUGCUGAGGGAGGUAGCCGAUUUGAUUGAUUCGCUGAAUUGUCCAAUCAUGUGGUCAUAACAAAAAAGAAAAUCCUAAGAGGUAACACUGUCGUUUUUUUCGAUAGUCAUGAAAAAAAACAUAAGGGGUAACACUGUGGUUUUUUAUCGGUCGUCAUGGAAAAAAUCAUAAGGGGUAACACUGUCAAUUUUUUUUAUCUGUGGUCAAAUUAAACAUAAGGUGUAGCAGUGUGGUUUUUCAUCGCGCGUCAUCAAACAAAACAUAAGGGGUAACACUGUUGUUUUUUAAUCGGCCGUCAUGAAAAAAACAUAAUGCUAAUAAUACUGUCGUCUUUUAUCGGUCGUCAUGGAAAAAACCUAAGGGGUAACACUCGUUUUUUAUCGGUCAUCAUGGAAAAAAACAUAAUGGGUAACAUUGUCGUUUUUCAUUUGUUGUCAUAAAAAAAACCUAAGGGGUAACACUGUUGUUUUUUAUCGGUCGUCAUGGAAAAAAACAUAAGGGGUAACAUUGUCGUUUUUCAUUUGUUGUCAUAAAAAAAACAAAAGGGGUAACACUGUUGUUUUUUAAUCGGCCGUCAUGAAAAAAACAUAAUGGCUAAUAAUACAAUUUUUUUAUCGGUUGUCAAAUUAAACAUAAGGUGUAGCAAAGUGGUUUUUCAUCGCCCGUCAUGAAACAAAACAUACGUUAAUGGAUACAUCUUAUUUCUCAAUCAUGUGAAUGGUAAAGUCAAGUAUAACCUCCAUACACAUUCUGGAAAGCGUCUUGGUGGUGAAGCGGUCAGGGCUCUCGGGUAAAGCUCGGUAGACUCAGGUUCGAGUCCCUGCUCAAACGGCCACCGGUGGUACCAUAAUGGAUGCAUCUUAUUUCUCUAUCAUGUGAAUGGUAAAGUCAAGUAUAACCUCCAAACAUGAUCUGGUAAGUGUCUUGGUGGUGCAGCGGUCAGGGCUGUUGGUUAAAGCUUUGUAGACUCUGGUUUGAGUCCCCGCAUGCACGCAUGGCUAAUAAGAAGGUUGAGCAUUCAGUAUGGUUCAGGUUCCCGGAUCUGAACCGGGGUUCAAGAGGUACAGUAAUGGAUGCAUCUUAUUUCUCUAUCAUGUGAAUGGUAAAGUCAAGUAUAUCCUCCAAACACAUAUUGGAGGCAGAGUCUUGGUGGUGCAGCGGUCAGGGCUGAUGGUUAAUGGUUAGUUAACGCCCUGUAGACUAAGGUUCGAGUCCCCGCUCACACGGCCACCGAGAUGAGAAUACACCAAGGUCGGCUCCUCCACGUUGGCGCGUAUCCCAGAACCCCACCUCCCCUUCUCCGGGGGGGGUGGGGGGGGGGCAAAGACUAAAGGGGUCUUGGUACUUGUGGCAAGGACUAAAGGGGUCUUGGUACUUGUGGCAAGGACUAAAGGGGUCUUGCUACUUGCGGCAAGGACUACUAUUUUACUUUUCCCAUUCUAACUUUUUUCAAAAAGUAU